AUGACUGUUAAGCCUCGCGAAGUCGAAUUCCGCAUUAAGACCCCCGCCUGGACAUUUCGCACACUCUACGUGACUUCUACAACGCCCAUCCCGGCGGUGAUGCAAGCUUGCCACGAGUCCCGCAAUCUCGGCCUGUACGAGCGCGGCCUCACGGUUAGGGAUGAGCCGCGGUAUAUCUGGGUUAACUUUGAUAUCGAUCUGAUAUCUAUUGGGAAAGCCUGGUUUCACAAGCUCGGUGGCUACCGCCGCAUCGUUCGCCGUCUCAAGUUUCAGGCAGAAGACUCGUCGGACUUUUUUCAUUCUAUAUCUCCCGAAUGGAAGGAGUUUACUAAUCUCAACGAGGUGUAUGUCGUUUGCGAAGAUGGUGUCCUUUCAUGGCAAGACGCGUGGGAAUACUUGACCUGGCCCUGUCCAAGAGAUCAUGUCAGGUUUAUUGACAUGAAGUCGGGGGAAAUGGUGGAUGGAUACACCUUGGACAAGAGGAUGGAUGAGAUUCUUGCCCGGAGUGAAGAGGACGAGGCAUAA